AUACAUAGUGAACAAAACUGUCAUAGCAAAUCUAAGAGGGAUGUUUAUUCCAUGGACCAUUCAGCAUUUUGAAGACAAAGAAUUUGUAUGCCAUCCCCUUCUUCCCCCACACGUUUGUGCCAAGACGGGCGUCUCACAUCAGGGAGAUGAAUAGCAGGUCUGUUUCAGCAGCUGUGCUCUCUUACCCAGAGAAAGCAUUAUAGAGUCCCUGGGACUGCAGAGUCCCAAGCUACUGUGCAGUCUGCAGAAGGCUGAGGAAGAGACCUAAGGGCAAAAGGAUGGCAUCAGAAGGGGAAAUCAUCAACCUUCAACUCGGCUGAACCUGAAUGAUGUGUCAAAGCAGCACCGCCUGAACGUGCUCAAUAAUGUUGCCACGGCUCUGAUCUUCAUCACCGUCAUCCUCAACAUCUUCAUCACCGGCUUUGGUGUACAGAAGACUGGUCUCUAGGCCUGGAGAGCAAGGGAAUCAGGUUGUGUGUGUGGCACCAGCUUUAGGGUCCCUUCCUUCAAUUUUUUACUGACCUCAGCAGAAUCCUACCAGCUGAGUGGAGACACAGAAUGCCUGAAUUACUCUUUAAAAAUUGUUUGUAAAGUAUUUUAUGCAGGUUGUUUGUAUAAAGCAUGUGUAGCUUUGCAGGAAUGAAAUUUCCAUUGAUUUUUCAACGCUAGUGCAAGUUGUGCAGUGAUUUCUAGAGAGCUUCACAAAAAGUUGCAAAAAAGCAUUUUCCAAACAUGCUCCUGUGCAUAGGUAACAACAACUUUUCUCUAAUUUUAAUUCUCUGCUUCUCAUAUUCAAUAUUAACUACUUUUCUACAGGGAAUUGAGUUCUAGACUGAGUUAUAUUUAUUUGGUAAGCAAAAGUAACCAUAUCAUGUCCAAAUAUGUUGUAACUGGCAACAUUUAAAGUAACACUAUCAAACAGUUUAUGUCUCAAAUAUAGGUUGGUUGAUUGGUUGUUUUUGUGGGAGGAAAGGAGUGGGUGUGUGUGUUAUGAUGACUAAAAUGGAAU